AUAUAUCGUUAUAUAUACCAAACGGCUGCCGUACAGUCCGGUCGGUGCCGUCGACGCGGGCACAGUCUGCAUUUUGUUUUACACCAUUGCACUUUGCGAACAGAGCGCUUCCACCUUCGAGUUGGUCGUGUAUUUUGGAUUUUCGAAUUUCCCGACCACCGAUCGCCGCACGAAGCGAGUCUGCGACGAAUUUCAACCCCCCCAAAAAAAUAAUAGUUUGUUUUAUUUUCGCCCGUCGACCACCGAUCGUUAUAAUAUAAUAUUGCGGUAUAGUACCUACCCGUUUGAUAAAAUAUUAAACAUUAUAUAGUUUUAUUAUUGUUGACGUGAUCAGUAAACACACUCAUCGUCGACAUGAGGCCGCCGAUCGAAGAGGAAAUCGAAGCCGCCGAGGUGGAAGUGGACGACGGCCAGCAAACUGCCGUCAUGUUGGUGUCCACCAGGCUGGCCGGUAACGCGGUUAUCCGAGUAGUGAACCGGUGCAACGACGCGCAAGAGAGCCAAAAUUUGGAUUUGUCCGAAUGUCAGUUGAUGCAGAUCCCUGAUGCGAUUUACCUACUCAUGCAAAACACGCAAUUGGUCGCGUGCGAUUUGUCGAAUAACGUGAUUUCAAAACUACCAGUGAAAUUCGCUGAACGAUUUCCGACCAUCACAGUGGAACUUAUGAAGGGUGUUGGUUGA